AUGUCUUCCAACGGUGAUGGAUCCAAAUAUGUUUCUCCAAAUAAAACUCGUCAUCAAGUCACACGGUCGGUAUCUGAAGUAUCAUCUCCUCCCCUGAAACCUCACCGAUCUCAUCACCACCAUCAUCAUCAUCACCAUCCGCAUAUACAUCGUCGGGACAAAGACGAGAAAUCGUCUCAAUCUACUUUGCAGAGGGUUUUCAGUCCAUCUGUAGAAUCAAAAAGUGAGGGAGUUUCACCUGAUGGGAGCCGGAAUGGAAGUCGAAGGCCUAGUAUCUUGGGUUCUACUGUAGAUGGCUUCGAUUUGUUUAAGAACAACGAGAGAAGGCCUCUGAGGGAGGGCGAACUCGAAGCUGAGAAACAGAAGGGCGCCAUGAUGGCCACGGAACUGCGAAAUACCUUAACGGAUGUGAACGUUGUAGCGGACAACACUUCCCGACAUUUAGAUGCAACAUACUAUUCCGUCUUGGAGAAAUUAGGGGAUCUUCACAAGACGAUCGGAUCCCUCAAAGACUUGGCAUCCAUGACCAGACAGCUGAAUGAGGAUUUUAGCACAGAGGGAGACGAGCUUGUCCAAGAAAGUCGGGCACAACUUGAAGGAUUUGAAGAAUUCGAAGCACAGGAACAAAAGAUCAAAGCAUUGGAGAAACGUGUGAAGGAAGGACGAAAUACAGUCACCACAUUGAGUGGACGGGUAGACGUUGUUAGAAAGCGCGUCAAAGGCUGGGAACAAGCAGAGGAGGAAUGGCAAGACAAAACAAGAAAACGACUCAAGAUGAUGUGGAUUUUGAUGUCGAUAUGCGCAACCAUUUUACUAUCCAUCGUCAUUUUGGCAUACAUUCCCUCGAAAGGGCAAGGUCAUGGGACUGUAAGAUUCAACAUUUCGAAUCCGACCGCGCUGAGAGAGUUGGAAAAGGCCCAAAAUGAGACCAGAAAUAUGCUGAAGCCUACUCUCGAUAUAUUGGAAAGCUCAACACCUGGGAGUGAAGUCAACAAGGAAGCAGAGAAGUUGGCAGAGGAUCCAAGACUUAAAGUACUCGACGAGUUAUAA